GGAAGCAUCGAAAGGUAAUAGGCACGAUGGCUCGUGGACAACUGAAGCAUAUGCCAAUGUUGUGAAGACUUUGAGUAUAGUAAUAGGCCCUCACAUAACAAAAAAUCACAUAAAGAAUAGAAUGAAGACAUUGAAAGAUCAUUUUGCUGAGGCAUAUGACUUAUUUCAUCACUUAAGUGGAUUUGCAUGGAAUCCUGUAACUAGAAAGUUUGAAGCUGAAGAGGAGGUGUGGCAAGACUUCAUUAAGGAGAAACCACAAGCAGAAAAAUGGAAAAAAAUGCAAAUUAAGCAUUAUGAUACUUUGAAGGAGUUGUUCGGAGCUGAUAGAGCUACUGGUAAAGGAGCUGCUACGUCACGAGAAAGGAUUCAAGAAAUUGCUAGAGAUCACAUUGAUUUGAAUGACUCAUUUGAAAACGUUGGAUUUUCUGACAUAGAUGUUAAUAUGGGACAUGAUACCCCAACGUUUCCUGCUAAUUUAGAUUCACCAAGUGGUCCUCAUAGUCAACCAAAUCAAUUAGGUGGGACUUCAGCGUCAAGAGGAACAAAGCGUAAAUCUCCUAUGAAUGAUUUUUUGGAGGCACAAUAUGAAAAACUUGCUUUGGGAAUUACUACCAUGGCCGAUGCUGUCAAAGAGGGUACUUAUCUGUCUAGCAAGCUACAUGACGUAGCUCAGAGGCAGGUUGAAUCAGCUGAGAGACAAGCUUCUGUGGCUGAGAGGCAAGUUUCGGUUGCCGAAAAACAAGUCUCGUUAAUUGAAAGACAAGUUGCAAUUGCUGAAAAAGGGUUGGCUAUUAUGCAACAAAGUAGGCCUCGCCUUUAUAGCGAAUCAGAUGUAUGGGAUAUGUUGUCUGAAUUGGGUCUGAUAGGUUCAGCUCGGAUGCAGUGUUAUCAGUUUUUAUGUGAAAAUGAGCAGAAAAAGCGCCAAAUCUUUGGGAUCCCACCUGAAAUGCGAUUGGAUGCUCUUUUUCAUUUCAUGACAGCUGCUGGUGUUCGCUUAGGAGAUAUGGUACUUUCAUAAAACAUUAACCAUUACAGGAAUCAUAACUUGAAAAUGUUUGGGAACAAGAAGGUC